AUGGAACCCUAUCGCCUUUGGCACGAACCUGAAGUCAUCAUCUAUGGCAACCUCGUCACACCUGGAACCUGCUCGUCUGCAGAGGCAUACGAUUUGGGUAAUCGAAAAUGGUAUCAGCUGAAUGUUAACUCAGAGGUGGACGACGAUGAGUGGAUGUCACGUAUCGUCGAAGAGCACAUUUCAAAGUACUACCAGUCUCACGGCAAGAUCCCACCUUUCAAUGUCAUAAAUGUGACUUCAGAUGGCACAUUCAUCACCUACGAAACACAACCAGACGAUGAUGUUGCUCGGCCCAUCACAAAGAAACUCCGCUACGACCCCAAUGACUCGCGCUUCAUAGCCAUAUCUGAUUCUGGUGAGCUGACCGACAAGUCGUACCUUGGUCGUGGCGUUGAUCGUUGUAUGUGGAAGAAUAGGGAAUGUGUUUUCAAACGUAUUGAGUUUAAUGUUGAUAUUCAAGCUAUCGACAGAGAAAUAAAAGUCAGGGAACAAUUGAUGGCGGUCAUGGACAAAACCUCUUCGAUGGAUCAGGAGGACCUGAUGCAACAAAACUACCAUGUCGUCCCGAUUCUAGCUGUCGUUCUACACCAAGAGAGUGACAACGAGGUCAAGGGAAUCCUGAUGCCGUUCCUUGGACCUAGUCUCUCAUCGAUAUUCGAACCCGAGCAAGGUUCAGCUAAGUCGCCAAUCCAACCGAAGGACAUUGCAAUCACAAUGGCACAAAUACGAGAUCUGGUCCUUGGUGUUCGCGAGAUGUCUUCGGCUGCCAUCAUGCAUGGUGAUAUCAACGAACGCAACACGUUACUCGUUUCAGCAUCUCGAAAACCGGGCCGUCUGAUGCUUUGUGAUCUUGGAUCGGUUGCGCCCGACUACCAAAGCGAUGCAGUUGCCCUUGGGGAACUCCUGCUCUGGCUCAUUGGGCAUGCCCCACUGGAGGGAGCGGGGCCUGAUAGUCUCGAGGCAGCGGCGAAUAGUUUAAAGCUGACGGAGAAUUUCGACGAGGCUCUGCAGCUCCUGGGCUGUAAUGAAUAA